UGUAGGUUAUGGGUCACUAUUGAAACGCACUGUUAUGCGCCGUGAUUCAUGCCGGAUUGUUUACAGGAAUGAAAAGGAAAAUUAAUUCAUUUUAAAAGUUAUCUAGAAUUUUAUCAAGUAUGGGAUGUUGCUACAGUUUUUGUAAAGAGGACACCGGACCACAGAGUGGCGAAGUGAACGAGAGAACACAUCUUCUAGUUGAUCCUGUUAGUAAUAAUACAAAUAUACCAAGAGUGCACAGCGAUGAUUAUGUUAAUCAGUAUGCAAAUUCUGAACCUAAGAAGACAGACGAACAAAGCGCAUUGAACAGAAUUCUGCACGAAACAGCGGCAAAUGUAAUAGAUAUUGGCGCAUUGGAUUCACAUAAUUUGGAACAACACGAAUACAUGGAUAGAUCUAGAGCUUAUGCAAAACGUAUAGAAGCAGGGGGCUUCAAAGUCCCCGAUUAUACCACGUGUCUUCUCAAGGAUAUUCCUGCACCUGAACGAAUACUCGCAUCGAAUCCGCUUGAUGCUGGAGAUCUCGAACUUAUCACUGGAAUGCUCAAGAAUGCAGUAGCUGCAUUAAAUGACAUCAAAGUAGAGCAUAAGGAAGAUUUGGUAGUUCCUUUCUUAUCGUGAUCUUACAGUAAUUCCAUCGACAGGAUACAUCAGCCUGUCUAAAUGGAAUUAUUUUUGUCAAGAGACACAAAGUACGUAUCUUAUCAAACUGAGCUCGCAAUAAUUUUUAUUGAAUUGGAAACAACGAUAGAGCUUAUUUAAAAAUGAAUGUGAAGUAAAACAUUAGGCGUAAUGUUGUAUCAUAAUUAAGUUUGAAUUAUAGGUCUGCUCUCAUAUAGAAUUAUAUCUAAAUGCUAAGUUUGAAUAAUGUUUUAAUGUAACAUAAUAGUAAUCGAAAGAAGUAAAUCAUUUGUGCUUUUUUUUGUUUUCUUUUAAUUUUGUUCAUAUAUAUAUAUGUAUAAGAAUAAUUAAUUUGAUAAGACUUUUGUAUAGCUUAUUUAUAAUCACUCGUAUAAAAAUGAUUUAUUGACGUAGGGCAAAUUUAUAUUGCCUUUCGAUCUCGUUUGUUCCUUGCUAAACUUUGUUAACGCAUUUCAUUCUGUGAUUCUAGAAAAGACUAAGAUAAAUCUUUUGUUAAAGAUUUUCUAAAGUUAACAGUUGAAAAUGUUGUUAAUGAAUAUGCGUUUUUAACGAGAUCGAAAAGAUAGAGAUUUGUAUUAAAAAGAAAUAUAAGAUGUAUAAUAUUUUAUCGUGGCUUCGAAUCUCAAUCUUAAAUACGAAACGAUAGAAAUUCAACUACUACUAAAUAACAUUAUGAAACUGCAUAUAAAAUACAUUAAAAGACCAUUAAAAAACCAUUAAAAAAGAAAAGUUAUUACUAUAUGGUCGAGUGCACUUUUAAGAAAAAAAAAAAAAAAAAA